CGAUCUUUUCUUACUUUUUAAUCCAUACUGGAUUAGAACAAUUCCCUACCCUACGUUUUAUAAUAAUCUGCAUGCACUUUGGAAACCUUUGAUAAUGGUAUGUUCCGUCUUUGUUUAGAUGAACUAAGGAGGUUAUAACCUCUUUGUGGAUGAACUCCGGUGGUGGGUUGGGUCGGUAUCAAACUUCCGGGUCAGUAAACUACUCUCUGACAAUCCCCUUUUCUUACUUCUAGCCUGCAGUGUGACAGUUCACUGUGCCAAGAGUGCUUUCCAGAAGCCCUGUUUUCUCAGAAGACUUUCUGAGAAAAGAUCUUUGGCCUCUUCUCUCCACUUACGUUUCUAGACAGCCAGUCAGAUGUCAUUUACUUGGGUUGAAAACUGGUUUGACUAGUUUCGCGUCGGCUGCAUACAUGUGGCACCUGACUUAGGAAUCACGCCCCAAACCUUACCGAUCACGAAGGAAACAGUUUUGUGUGCCUGACAGCUUUGAGUGUUUGGUAGUUUUGCGUGAGGCGUGGUCUGACUACAGCUACAGUAUGAACGAGUACUUGCGGUUGAUGCUCCUGUUUGCCGGGCUGUUUACUUACAUGUUUAUCGGGGCCGGGUUGUUCCACGCACUGGAGCCGGGCUGGUUCUGGGGCGACUACGAAGGAAACAUUACAGUCACAGUUAAAGAUUUGGGAAUUUGGAACAUCACCAACGUCACCCCCGCAGUACCAGACAUGCACAGCUGGUACAACCACACGCUGCAUGAUUUCGAGCCGAGAUCCUACAUGGAGGCGUUCUACUUCUGUGCCACAGUCAUCACUACUAUAGGCUACGGGCACAUCUACCCUGUAACGGGGUUCGCAAAGUUUUUCACGGCCGUCUUCGCGAACUUUGGAAUCCCGGCGUUUUUCUACAUCCUGGCGAUCAUCGGCAGGAAAUUCGCCAACCUUGUCGAAGCGGGUGAGGCGCGGUUGUUCAGCCGGGUUCCCGGCCCGUACGGCCGCCGGACGCUGACGCUGCUGCUGGUGGAACUGUUCGGACUUUUCUUCUUCAUCCUCAUCCCGGCAGCUAUCGUCAGCAAAGUGGAGGGAUGGUCAUACGGAGAUGCUACCUGGUACCUGUUCGUGAGCGUGACCACCAUCGGGUUCGGAGACCUGUACGGCGGGUACUCCGAGUCCUUCUUCGCGUUUGACGCGGCUUUCGGCAUCUACGUGUUCUGCAAGUUUUGGUAUUACAUCGUCGCCCUGAGCUGGGUGGCCACCAUGUGGAUCCUACUGGCUGACGUCAUGCCGGAUACGGAAUCCAAACCGGAAGCCGGAGAGCUGGUCAACACGGAGGACCAGGACAGACCUGAGAUGAUACCGGCACAGGCUUAGAUACCAACGUCACGUAGUUCACGUGUCUCCCAGAUUAAGUAUUGAAAUUAGCAAUAUUAAUAACAUUUCAUCUCUUUAAAGAAUAUCAACCACUUUUCCAUACUUUUAUAUCAUUUAUCAUUAUCUUAAAAAGAAAUAUUUAUCCAACUGUGUGUCAAUAUAACUAAAAUAACAUAGUAGCUAGAUCUGAAAGAGCUAGGUUAUGUUUCAACCUAUAGAAUAUUUAGUCCAAUAUGCCUCAAGGAUUUUGAUCCGUGAUAUCGGGGUUAACGAUAAGUUUGCGGGUGUUAUAUUUUUAUUUUUUUGUAUAGGUUAUGUUUUAGCAGUUGUGUCCAUGUGUAGUGGUGUUUCAUACGGGGAAGUAUAUGGUUGGCGGUGUGUAUUCCGUGUUUUCUUCUGUAGAAAGUGUUUAUAGUAGACGACAUCAACUUUUACUUGCGUUGAAGAUUUGAAGGUCUUUGUCGCUAUACUAGUAUGGCGAGCCUUAAUCGAGGUUAGCAUGUGGCAAUAUUACCUAUAAGUUGCACAGAGCUCCAACAAUGUAUCAACAUAAUAAACAUGAUAAAACUGCUCUUGUAGAGUUGACCUACACUUUUUGAUGC